AUGGCUAUGGAAUAUCGUCAUACUAUUCAGGAUGCACAUCCAAAAUCUAUCAUGUGUGUUCAGUACAACCCAUUUCGUCGAGAAAUUUAUACAGGCGGAGAAGAUGGUAGUAUAAUUGCAUGGGGUCCCAAUGGAAAAGUCCUGCAGAGAAUCCAGACUGGGACGCCAAUAUAUUGUUUGGCUUAUAAUGCGCGAAGGCAGCAGCUAAUGGCUGGUCAGCAUAAAAAAGUCAGACUUUUUCAGCUACUUAGCAGUGACGAUAAUCACGGAACAACUGACAUUCUUGAACGACGAAAUGUAGUAUGCCUUGAACACACAGAUGUUGUAAGUUGCAUUGUAUCUUGCGAGGGGCGAUUUUAUUCGGCUGGAUAUGAUAGAAAGAUCAUCAUUUACGAUGUUCCUCAUCAUGGAGAUUUAAAGCUGCGCGUUUCCAGCACAAUCAAGGAAGCACACGAUGCAGCCAUUUCAUGCAUGAUAUUUGGAAAGGAUGCCGACAAUAGUUGGCUAAUCACAGGAUCUUUUGACAGAGUAGUUAAACUAUGGUCGUUGGAUGGUAAUCUUAUGCAAAGAUUUGAUGGAUUUAGUGAUACGAUCACUUCUUUAUGCUAUGUCGUUCCAACGCAAACUCUAUGGGUUACUGCCAAUUCCUCUAUUCCAGUAGUUUACGAUCCACGUAGUGGAAUUAAUGUUUCAGAUUUUGUUAGAACAGACGAUGAACGAUUCCAUCCAACCGGUGGAACAUUUUCAUUCAAGCAUCUAGUGUUUAUUCCAGAAACUAAUGAGGCAAUUGGUAUCUCAACUCGUAGAUCGUUAGUUAUUUGGAAAUACAAUUCAGUGGCUCCUUUGACAGUGCUUCCAGGACACGCAGAUAUUGUAGAAUGUCUUACUUUUACAUCUAAAGAGCCGUUGCUGAUAUUUAGCGGAGGCGAUGAUGGCGUAAUUAGAAAGUGGGAGCGUCUUCAAUUGAACACAUUCAUGUAUAGCCAGGAACUUCUCAUGCUACCCAAAGACGAGUUUAUAAACGCGCUGGAUAUGAACGCAGAGGAAAAGGACGAGUCUAAUAAAAAACGCAGCUAUUCGUUGCAUCAUAAGAGCUUUUUCAAACGAUCGUCGCGAAGAAAAGGUUUUGAAAAAAAACGGGUGACUCGAGCGCUAUUAGAUAAAAGACACGCUGCGCCAAGCUCUGCACCUCCUUACCAUAAAAUGCAGACAAUUGAAUCAGAAGCUUACGAUUUGCAAUCAAAAUCUACCUCUUCAAAUAAAAGAGGUAGUUUAGCUACCGUCUCCGCUGGGUCAGAAAGUUUUUCCAGCAAACCCAAAUCAGUACGACCAGGAAUUGUGUCAUUGCUGUAUUAUGAGGAGCUUGAUGUACUAGUUUCAGGGUAUGAAGACAGUCGGAUAUGCAUAUGGGGAUACAAUGAGGAAACUAUAAAAUUCACUCCAGAAUCGACGGAUCGUGAUGCGGCAGAUGCUACAGUCAUAGGAAGCAAUCAGCUAGGAAGUGACAGCGUGUCUAACCGAGUGGCAGGAAUGGCAUUAAAAUUUACAUUGUUGAAUCAUCGAGAUUCUGUAACAGGAUUGGUUUGCUUUUUUUUGGAUGCAAAGCAUUGGAUGAUAAGUACGGGUUGGGAUCGCCGAAUAUGUAUAUGGGAUCUACAGAGCGCAAAAUUGCAUGAUGUGUUUCGCAAUAGUCAGUAUCAGUCCAUAAACUCUGCUCGCGAGGAGCUUGCAGCUGAUGGUAUUAUUUUGUCACUCGACUACAGCCACGAGAAAAACACAAUCGGAUAUGCAUCCAGUGAUAAACUUGCAUACAUUCGAAAAUUUUCACCAAAUGGCUCAGAAAUGACGCUGGUGUGCGUUUUGCAGGGUCAUGAGGCAGAAGUAACACAGAUUAAAUGGCAUAGAAAAGAAAAACAAUGGAUUACUGGCUCAGAAGAUCGCACCUUGCGUAUAUGGACUGCGGACGGUAUUCCAUGUCUGCGGGUAAUUAACAAUGAUGGACCAAUAACAGCACUAUGCAUUGACGCAAUAAAUGGAUGCUUAAUCACUGGAUCGCAGGACAAGGUGAUUCGUGUGUUUGAUAUCGACAAGAAGGAUGAGAUUGUCCAAAAAAAUAUCGGUCACUCUGAUGAAAUUCGUAGCUUAAUUCACAUUCCCGUUCGUAAUCAGUACGUAUCGGCUUCAUGGGACAAUACAGUUCGAAUCUGGAACGCUUAUCUCAAAAAAGGACAGCGACGCAUUGCCGCCAAGGCAAACAUGACCUUUUACACUGCUGUAGAGGAAGAAGAGAUACAACCUACAUUUUCCGAAAUGAAUCCGUUGAUUGUCCCCAAGCUUUUAAGUAAACCUAUUUUUGCCAAAGACUUUGUACUUGAGAAAUUACCUGCAAAAGACGAAGAGUAUGUCAACUCGAGCGAUAAAACUGUCAUUGAGGACGAAUUACGACAAACAUUCAACGAUCUGGAUAUUGCACUCAAUGCAGAUGUAGGUAUUUAUGAUAUAAACAAGAUCAAUGCUGACGUGCAAAAGCUUGGGCAUGGUGGACAAAAGGGACUAGGAAAGCCUCGUAUCCAACGAGUGCUCCCAAAGCGAAAACCAUCAGAAAUUGUGUCCAAAUAA